UUUACCGGCAAUAGAUGGCUCUUCUGACCAAUGGCAUUUUUCACGUCGGUUUAGCCAUAUACUUUCCAGUCUUUGAGAAAAAGAGCUUUGCGAUGGUUCAGUGAAGAAAGUGAUCUUAUUUGUUCGAGAGUCACGGAUUACUAAGGAUGGCUAAGAUAGUGAUUACGCUGCUUUUGUUGUGCAUUGGUAAUCUCUGCAAUGGAGCCGUGAAGGUUACUUUACUCCAGAACCAGAAUUCAAAUAUGCAAGUAUUCCUUGUCGGUCAGAAUAACGACCGGACCGUUCAGCAAACCAGCAGCGGUAAUAUCGACAGGAACGACAACAGAGUAAUCAGCAACCAGCAACAGAGUAACAACAACGCUAAUGUACAACCAAUUCGACCAAACAUAAUACGGCCAAGUCAGAAUGUAAACCGAGGGCAACCGAUUACGGUGAAUUCAAGUGGCAACCAAGGAGACCAACAGAGGCAACAGCAAUCACCAGGAACAUCGGUUGACUACAUCAAUGGCGUUAUUGAUUUAGACAACGUGGCAUACAUCUGGACGAGCGGAACGAAGGUGGGCGACGACUGGCGGUGGAACGGGCCAGGAGCGGGGGCCUUCCGGGGACUCAACUGGAGCCGCACAGGAGGCUUUGUUGGAGUUAUCAAAAUUGACUCUUUCUUGCGGUGAUAAUUGCUUUUGCAAGGAUUACAAAUAUUGGCAGUUUUCAUGUGUCAGUUAGCCGUGUAAGAUUUAUCGAAAGUGGUCAUUCCUACCUGAAGUCCAUCGCCUAUGGUUUGGAAAUUGCGAAAUUGGCUAUCGAUGCAGUGAUUAACUUGCAUCUGGUAGUCGGUUUUCAGAAAUGUAUUAUAUUUAUGAAUUGUGACCAUACUGAAUGAUUGCUUUAGAUGAAAAAGAUAUUUAAACAAGUCA